ACAAGCAAAAUAAACAAAAACGGGGAGCCUGUCAGUGUGUGACGCUGUGGUGCUACGAUGUGAUUAAUUGAAAAUACAGGAUCGAUUAGUCUGUAUUUGAUCAUCAGCCACGCUGUUUUGCUCACGUAACGUCAAACUCUACGUGUUAACAGUUCAAUCUCCACUCUGUGAUGAGCUGCUUGUGCGACAAUGGAUAGUGAUCUGAGCUCACAGGACAGGAAAGACUUGGAUAAAUUCAUCAAAUUCUUUGCCUUGAAGACAGUGCAAAUUAUAGUUCAAGCCCGGCUUGGAGAGAAGAUCAGCACUUGCUCAUCUUCAUCACCGACAGGUUCAGACUGGUUUAAUUUGGCAAUUAAAGACAUCCCAGAGGUGACUCAUGAGUCAAAAAAAGCUCUUGCUGGACAGCUGCCUGGGAUCGGCCGAUCCAUGUGUGUGGAGAUCUCCCUCAAAACCUCAGAGGGAGACUCCAUGGAGCUGGAGACGUGGUGUUUGGAAAUGAAUGAAAAGUGUGAUAAGGACAUUAAAGUGUCCUAUACAGUUUAUAAUCGGCUGUCUCUGCUGCUCAAGUCUUUGCUGGCCAUCACAAGGGUGACACCUGCUUACAAGCUUUCACGUAAACAAGGGCACGAUUAUGUCAUACUCUACAGGAUCUAUUUUGGAGAUGUCCAGCUGACAGGUCUCGGGGAAGGGUUCCAGUCAGUGCGAGUGGGUGUUGUAGGCACUCCCAUAGGCACCAUCACUUUGUCCUGUGCAUAUCGCACUAAUUUGGCCCUCAUGUCUUCAAGGCAAUUUGAGAGGACAGGCCCUAUCAUGGGUAUCAUCAUUGAUCAUUUUGUGGAGCGUCCCUUCACUAAUAUGGCACACAUGCAUCCCUGCAGUUACAGAACGCCUGGAGAAGAUGAGGGAGGGACUUAUGCAGGAAUAGAAGACUCUCAGGAGGUGUGCACCACGUCCUUUUCCACCUCCCCACCAUCACAGUGUGUGUGUACUGUAAGUCAGGCACAUUUUAAGACACCUAAGCCGGCUCUGAUGGCCACACUGAAGGUUCCCCUCAUGGGGCUUGGCGUCUCACAGCAACUGUACAGCUCUCGUCUGUCAUAUCAGACUCCGGCCCUGGGAACUGUGGAUUUGUGCCAUCCUACGGCUUUUACUGCUGGUGCACAUCCUCACCAGAUGGUUGUGCCGGGUAAAGAAGGUGGAGUCCCACAGGUGCCGGCUCAGCCUAAUCAUGGCACUGCAGCUGAGCAUUGUCGUAUCCCAUCAUGCCCCAAUGGACAGUCCCCUCAGCCGGCACAGCCCACAUCCUGUAGUAGCGAGGUGAAGACUGUGUUCUGUGAUGCUCUAGAGACCACCUUCACCAGGAAAGUUGGUGCUUUUGUCAACAAAGCCACCACUCAGGGGGAAAUGCAUUCUGAUGUGCUGUGUAUGUGUGGAACUCAGGUGACAACAACCAGCCUGGAUCUUCCUUUUGCUGCAUUCACUCCAAGAGCCAAUGACCUGGAGGUGAACGACCCGAUGGUGCACCCUCCUCCAUCCCCAGCUCCUUCGUCUCCCUUGCAAGGCAGCCUGCACUCAAACAGCUCGAGCCACAGUGGGGGGCAGCCACAAGACGACUUUGUCAUGGUUGACUUUAAACCAGCAUUCUCCAAGGAUGACCUUUUGCCAAUGGAUCUGGGAACUUUCUAUAGAGAGUUUCAAAACCCUCCUCAGCUUGCAAGCCUGUCCAUCGAUGUCAGCGCUCAGUCUAUGGCUGAGGAUUUGGAUUCUCUUCCAGAGAAACUGGCCAUUUAUGAGAAGAACAUUGAUGAGUUUGAUGCAUUUGUGGACACGCUACAAUAGAACAGAACAGAGAUUGCUUCCUUCACAACUUCUUUACUCUUCUUGCUUCCUUCACUGAAGCAUCCCUCAUUGGAUGUCUUCAUUAACCCUGUUUUGUGUCAGUUUUUCCUUGUGCAAUGAGCUAUGAAGAGAAUCAUCAUUCAAGAAAAAAGUGAACUGAGGUAUAAGGAGAACAGCAUCUGUUAAUGGAACUGAGCAACAUAAAAUUUCCAACCCUUGUAUUUAUUAAAAUAGCAGAACUGUGUAAGUAAAGCUCACUGUAAUGAAUGUAUAAACCUGUACCAGCCUUUAUUUUUGUUUUGCUCAUCACAUGUAGUUCACUGACUAGUCACUGAAGCAGAUUUCUGUCAUUGUACUGCUGACACCAUACAAAUUCUCUACAACUUUAAUGUGAGGGGAAAACUUGAAUAAUCUGAGAGCAUGUCCAGGCUUAAACAUGAACGACACUACAGUGAAUAUCGACAACAGUGAAUUGUGAGUCUGUGUCUGCUUACCUGGUUCUUGUAAAUGCAUUUUACCAUAACUUUUCAUACUUCUAAUUUUUUAUUUUUAAAUUAGGGACAGUUUAUCAUUACUACUCAUCAGGUCUUUAAAUGGUGAUGAAUGCUUUUUUCCCUUUUCUUUUCUUUUAAAGCUUAUGUUUGGCAAGUCAUUAGGAGCUGGACCUUCUUUUAUUAUUUUAAGUGUCUUCUUUCUCUCCUCACUUUGUUAAUAUGGCAUGUAAAUGUUGGGUAAUAAACUGAUUUAUU